CUGUGCAAAUUAUAAGAAAGCCGCGUCAAGAGGAGAGCUAAAAAAGUAUUAUUUCUACACAUUUAGUGUAAAAUUACAUGAAAAAUACAUUUGGUUUUUUAAAUAAUUAACGCAAAAUGGCGUGCACAAAAGUAUUUGUGGGUUCACUUCCCUCUGGAACGAAGCCUUCAGAACUUCGUCAUUUGUUUGAGAGCUAUGGAAUUGUAGUAGAAUGCGACAUUAUGAAUCGUUGCGGAUUCGUGCACAUGAAAAAUGCUGCGAUGGCGGAAAGUGCAAUUAUCGCUUUAAAUGCUACUGAAUUUAAAGGACAAGCUAUUGUGGUCGAAGCUGGUAGACCGAAAGAAAAGAAAGAUUCUCUUGGUCAAUCAAUGGUAAGAGGUGCUUUUAUAGGUAUUAACAGAGGUGGAAGAGUUGGUGCCAUGUGCUUUACUAGAAGCGGUGGCAGUGGCAGUCAUUCUGGAAGCGAUGAUUGCUUUCAAGGAGGCGUGAACUUUCCAGGUAAUCGCGGCGGCUCACAAUUUCGUGGCAAUUAUGGUCGCGGCGGAGCCAGAAGGGGCAAUUUACAAAGCGGUCGUGGGGGUGGUAAUCAGUCCAACACCAGUGGUGCUGGUCCAAUGCGCAAUCAAUCUUUCAAAUCAAGCAGACCUGCACCCUAUCCGGAACAAAUGUCGACUGCUUGUCUGGAUUCUUAUGAAGAAGGUUCCCGUAGCUUUACCUAUUCAGGUAAUCGAAAUGGUCGAGCAAGCAGCAACAAUUUUGCAAAUAACAAAUGGCGUGGAAACAGCUACACCACUACUCCCAAAGCCAACGUUCCUUCUCAAACUGAUUACGAUAAUGCCCCCAUUCAAAGUGAGUGGAGAAGCAAUAGUCAAAAUUAUGGAGGUCGUAACUUCCGAAACGACAAUAGCUCUUCAAGCGGAUUUUCCGGUCAUGCGGGAAAUUCUUCAAAUAACUCCAACUUUAACUCUUACGGAUACAAAGGUACUUUGUCUAGAGGAGGCGGUCAAAAGGAUCGACGUGGAUUUGCUCUACCUACAAAUCAAUCUCAACAGCAGUUCUCCAAUCAGUCGCAACACGGAUCUUAUGAAAGAAAUGGUGGGAACUCGGCUGAUGAAAACGUUAUAUAUCACCAUAGAAGCAACGCAUCCAAUAUGAAUGUAAAUAUGAAUCGCGGUGGUGUCAAUCGUUUUCCUGGUAACCGGGGUGGCUUCUCGGGCAAUCGCGGAGGAGGCCUUGGUUAUGGCAGUAAUAGUUACCAACAGCAAUUUCCACCUUUGGGAUCGUCACGUAACUAUGAGAGUCGCGGUGGUAGCUUCCGCAAUACAUCUCAUCAAAAUGCUCCAAAUCGGCGCUUCUAGAACGAAUGAUAACAUAUGAAGAAACUCCACAAUCAUCAAUUACUUAUUAAGGACACAUUAGAAAUGAAAACCGUUACAAAUUAACAUUUCUAAUUAAAGAAAGAUAUCAAUCGUAAUGCAUAUUUAUACGUAUAAACAUCUGAAAAAAAUUGCAAUAUUUCUUUGUUGUCAAGAUGGCCAGCAUCGAGGCAUCCAUUUGCGGAACGAUGAUUUGGGAAAAUUCCUAUUUGUUGUACAAAAUAUCAAUUGGAAUUUCGCCAUUUGGGAAGUGUAGUUUACAUUAUUAAAAGUAUGAAAAACUACAUUGAAAUUAUAUACCAAAUUAAAUGAUGUUUCG